GUAAGCGCACGUGAACGCUUUAUGCGAUGAGUUAUAAAGACUUCAAUUUCAGAACUUACAGUACUUUACCUUUACAAUAUAGCAGAACUUGAAAAGACUAAACUAAAAUAUUGAUACGAAACCAAUUUUUCUGCACAUUGUUUACAACUGACAAUGGCGGAUAGCGCUAGUGAGUUGGAGAGCGAUGCCAGUUCGCUGGAUGGCGGCAUCAUUUCAAAGACGUCAGCUCAGUCGCAGGUUGCAGAGCUUAAGAAGCGAAUAGAAUCAUUGCAGCAGGAAAACAGGGUGCUAAAAGUGGAACUGGAGACUUAUAAACUGAAAUGCAAGCAACUCGCCGAAGAAAAACAAGAGCUGAAAAAGAUCAGCGUAAACAUCCAAGCGCGUGCGGAGCAGGAGGAGGAGUUUAUCAGCAACACGCUGCUUAAGAAGAUCCAGCUGCUGAAGAAGGAGAAGGAGUCCCUUGCCAUGAACUAUGAGCAGGAGGAGGAGUUCCUCACUAAUGACCUCUCACGCAAACUCACACAGUUGCGUCAGGAGAAGGUAGAGCUAGAGGAGACCUUGGAGAAGGAGCAAGAGUACCAGGUGAACAAGCUGAUGAGGAAGAUAGAAAAACUAGAGAGAGACACCAUCGGCAAACAGGCCACACUAGAACAGCUGCGCCGUGAGAAGAUAGAGCUAGAGAAUGCGCUUGAACAAGAGCAGGAAUCUCUCGUCAAUAGACUCUGGAAACGUAUGGACAAACUGGAGGCAGAGAAACGUUUGUUACAAGAGAAGUUGGAGCAGCCCGUCACGGAACCCCCUUCCCCUCGAGACAUUAAAAAUGGGGACACUGCCGAGAACCUGUCCAAUCACAUUGAGAGCCUGCGCAGCGAAGUGACACGGCUUCGCAGGCAGCUUACUUCCGCUCAGAUCGAACAUGAGGAGAAGAUGGCUCACUACGCGCAGGAGGAGCGUCACAUCCGCGAGGAGAACCUGCGCCUGCAGAGGAAGCUGCAGAUGGAGAUGGAGCGGCGGGAGAGCCUGUGUAGACACCUGUCUGAGAGCGAGUCCAGUCUGGAGAUGGACGAUGAACGGCAUUUCAAUGAGAUGACCAAGCAGCAUGACAUCAGCGGGGGCAGUGGCUCCUCAGGCCAUGGUUGCCACAGCGCCUCCAGUUCCAGCUCGCACAUACGACCUCGCACUGUGUCCAGCCCUAUACCCUACGUGUCCCCUAACUCGUCCAGACCACUCUCACCAGCGUCUGGCAUGCAGUCCAUAUUCAGUCCCCCGAGCCCCAUGCGUCGUAACACCGGGGAGUCAAGUGGUUCCAGUAGUUCUCGGUCAGCGUUCCAUCCCCCAGCUGGCCCAGGAUUCCCAGGCACGUCUCCCCCGGUACACGGUCACACACCACACUCAUCCGGACCACAGAUCGUUGUUACAAAAAAGAAGCGUCAUAAGUAAGAGAAGAGCGUCUGGUGAUAAAUUUGUAAGGCCCAGCAGCUAUCCUGGAAUGGAAAAGCAAGACAAAACAUGAUUUUCCUCGACAAGGGAGUGAAAACUACCAGCCGUUGUUGAGCUAAUAUGUGUACUCCACUGACCAAGGGAGUGAAAUACAACAGCCCUUGUUAGAAUUUCAAAUGAUCCAUUUACUGUUUGUGCUUUCACUAAAAUUUCGUGGGUCGUUGGUCACAUACAUCAAUUGUUUAUCGCUUCUUGACGCUUGACUUGGUGUUAAAGGGACAUGCUUGUAGAAUUGAUGCUUUCUUUCUGCGAACACAAGCGAUACUUCUGUUCUGUCUGGUAAUUGUUUCCAACAUGAACAUGAUUGGAUAUCUGUGUUAAAUAAUUAUUUUAUAGAUGUACUUGUAAAUGAUUAUUGCUGAAUGGUUGCUCCUUAAUAGAAGUCCAGUGAGGGAUUUUGUGUAAGGACAUGCUUAUAAUAUUGAUGCUUUCUGUCUGUAUAUCCAAGUGACACUUUCAGUUCAUUUAUGAGAAGUCUUUUAUCAUUAUAUCUGGAAAAAAACUUAUUCUCAAUGUUAUUGAACAGAUCUUUUUCAGCUUCACAGAAUAUAAGCCCUGUUGAAGUUUUUAAAGUUACGUAACGUUUCAUUGACUCAUUAGUGGAUACGGUAGCUCCUGACAAGACUGAGCAAAUGUUCAGGCUUGUCCGGAGCUUUUCUGGCCCCAUAUGGCAGAAGCUCAUUUUUUCUAAGUGACUCACAUGUUGGAAUGUUUCAGUGUUAACUUCUUACCCAAUGAAAACAGUAUUGUUUGGUGCUAGAGGUUGUUAUUAGCAAACAGUCUGUGUAUUCUUUGUGUUCACACUUGAAGCUUUUCUUACCUAUUUUGCUCCAAGAUGUUGCUAAAUGUACUAAAUAUAUGGUUUGAAAGUAAUUAUGUUUUUAAUGAUUUUUGAACUCUGGAUUGGUUUAUUUAAUAUACAUUUCCUAAAUUAUAAUUUCUUUUAAUGUGGUACAGUUUUUAUUCUAAAGAACAACUAAUUAUUCUUUACUAUGCUGAAUUAAUGGUGUAAAAUAGUCCAUAAAUGCAGGAAAAAUUGAUUCUGGAAACUGUUAAAUAUAGUUACACGAUGUAUUAUAAUUGCAGAUUAUGUUGUUUGUAGUAACAAAAUAUUUCCCGAUUACCUUGUGGCUUUCUAAGGUGAACAACUUCAAUCAUCGGCUGUUUGUCUUCAAGGAUUAAGCGUUUGAUAGUUAUAAACGUUGUUAAAUAUUACUUAUAACAAACAUUUUUAUGUCCCCCACUAUAGUAGUGGGGGACAUAUUGUUUUUGCCCUGUCUGUCUGUUGGUCUGUUUGGCCCAACUUUAACAUUUUGCAAUAACUUUUGCAAUAUUGAAGAUAGCAACUUCAUAUUUGGCAUGCAUGUGUAUCUCAUGAAGCUGCACAUUUUGAGUGGUGAAAGGUCAAGGUCAUCCUUCAAGGUCAGAGGUCAAAUAUAUGUGACCAAAAUCGCUCAUUUUAUGAAUACUUUUGCAAUAUUGAAGAUAGCAACUUGAUAUUUGGCAUGCAUGUGUAUCUCAUGGAGCUGCACAUUUUGAGUGGUGAAAGGUCAAGGUCAUCCUUCAAGGUCAGAGGUCAAAUAUAUGUGGCCCAAAUCGCUUAUUUUAUGAAUACUUUUGCAAUUUUGAAGAUAGCAACUUGAUAUUUGGGAUGCAUGUGUAUCUCAUGGAGCUGCACAUUUUGAGUGGUAAAAGGUCAAGGUCAUCCUUCACAAGGUCAAGGUCAUCCUCCAAGGUCAAACGUCAUAUAGGGGGACAUUGUGUUUCACAAACGCAUCUUGUUUGUGAAUUGUCUUUUUCAUGUUUUGUCUAUUUUGAUGUUUUUUUUGUUAAGUCAAUAUAUUUGUAUACCCAGAGUGGUAUUGUCUUUCCCCAAUGUUGUAAGGUUGUUGAAAAAUUGUUGUUUUGGGGGAAAUAUCUGACUUAAAGGAUACCAUUAAAUGUGUAUCUUGAUAGUAACAAUUGAUCUAAACUAAUGUUCUGUCAUUUUGUUGACACAAUGUCUUGUUUCUAUAUGGGUUUAAUGCAUGCUUAUUUGUUUUUGUACCACGAGAGUUCAUCUACGUUAAAUCCAUGUUAUAUAUUUUAACCUAGGAAUAAUUCUUGUUACUAACAUUUUUUUCUUGUAUACACGUAUCACAUUAUACACAAGGCAGCAAACUUUGAAUGUAUUUGAAAUUUGAGCAUUUUUGUUAUUAUUUACAUAAUUAAGCACACAGAAUCAUAUGGAUACCAAUUCUUGUAGAUAUAUUAUGGUUUAUCCACGUUAUCUUACUUUCCAAUGGGCAUUUUUUUAAGUCAUUUCUAAAUCAGGAAAUGAUAUUUUGUUAAAUGUCUUGUGACUCUGAUGAAUAUUAGCUGAGUUUUAAGUUAACCAGGCUUAAUGAAUGUGCGUUAAGUGUUUUCUCUGAUUAUCCUGUGCAGUCCUGAUAGGCAAAUCAAAACCUGUGCAGUCCUGAUAGGCAAAUCAAAACCUGUGCAGUCCUGAUAGGCAAAUCAAAACCUGUGCAGUCCUGAUAGGCAAAUCAAAACCUGUGCAGUCCUGAUAGGCAAAUCAAAACCUGUGCAGUCCUGAUAGGCAAAUCAAAACCUGUGCAGUCCUGAUAGGCAAAUCAAAACCUGUGCAGUCCUGAUAGGCAAAUCAAAACCUGUGCAGUCCUGAUAGCCCAAUCAAAACCUGUGCAGUCCUGAUAGGCAAAUCAAAACCUGUGCAGUCCUGAUAGGCAAAUCAAAACCUGUGCAGUCCUGAUAGGCAAAUCAGGGAUUCCAUAACGCAGAAAGUGUUGUAUCUGAAUAGGCAGUGGGGACUGCACAGGCUUACCUGGGACAAUACUUUAUAUGCACAUGCAUUAGGCCUGUUUUUCCCUAGAGUAUGGCUUAUUUCUAUAACAGGAGAUAUUUUAAGUCAUCACUUGCAUUUCAGUUAUUUAUUACCUUUCAGUUAUUUAUUACCUGUAUGGUAAUUAAGCCUUACACUUGGUAAUUUACCACACACUUUACUUGUUGUAGACUUUAAUCUUUAAAAUGUCAAAUUUCGGAAUUCUGUCUGGCUUUUGUAUUUUUAGCUCAACUGAGUACAACUUGCUAAUUGCGAGCUUUUGUGAUCACCUUUUGCCAAUUGUUUGUUCUGCGUCCUCAACAUCUUCCUUGUUAACACUAUACAGGCCUCAUUUAUUGUCCAAUCUUCAUGAAACAUCUGUGCCCAAUGAUAUCUUGGACUAGUUUGUAAAUGGGCCACAUGAGGUCACAAACUAGGUCACUUGGUCAAAGUAAAUAAAAAGCUUGUUAACACUCUAGAAGUCACAUUUAUAGUAGAAACUUCAUCAAACUUGGUAAGUACAUUUGGUCUAAUGAUAAACAAUUUUAAAAAAUGGGCUUGGUUGGUUGAAAAAACUUGUAUUGCUGUCAAGGGUUUGGGCAGUUGUUGUUGCUAUAGUAAAACCUUGUCAACGUUCUAGAAGUUACAUUUAUUGUCUAAUCUUUAUGAAAUUUUGUCAUUUUUUCUUAUGAUAAAUUUGAAAAUGCGUCGGGUCUGUUGAAAAAUCGUGGCCACUAGGGGCCAGGCAGUUUUUCAAAUAUGGCUAUUGUUAAACCAUGUUCACACUCUAGAUGUCAAAUUUAUAGACCAAUCUUUAUAUUACUUGGUCAGAAAAUUUGUUAUAAUGAUUAUUCGGCCAACUUUUUGAAUGACAUCUUUACUGAUAUGGCUCUAGUGAAAACUAGUUGGUGGUUUACUAGCCACAUUUAUUGGCCAAUCUUUUAAAACGUAGUCAGAACAUUUGUCGCAAACAAAUCUCGGCUGAGUUUGAAACUGGGUCAUGGGAGCUAAAAAUUAGAUCACAAGGGCAAAUUAAAAGCAACUACAUGUUAAUACUCUAGAUGUCACUUUUUGUCUAUCUUCAUGAAUUUUGAUCAGAAUUUUCCUUCGAAAGAUAUCUCAACUGAGUUCAAAAAUAUAAAUGUGGUUAGAAAUUAAAUAUCAAUGUUUCAUACACUUCUUUAAUUACUUUGAACUCCACUUUCUCAGAAGAGUCUAGUUCCUUUUGGUCUCUGUUGAGCGCAUUAGGACACAUGACCCUCUUGUACUUGGUCCUCUUGUUUUAUAUUUUCUACAAAGUUCAUGUUUGUAUUUUUGUUCAUUGUUGGUUUUGAAUAUUUUUGUUUUCUUUGUUGCACAUCAAUGAUUUGACAAAUUAAUCUUUUUUGCAUCAUUUUAUUAUGCCCCCCUUCGAAGAAGAGGGGGUAUAUUGUUUUGCACAUGUCGGUCCGUUCGUAUGUCUGUCCUUCUGUCCACCAGAUGGUUUCCGGAUGAUAACUCAAGAACGCUUAGGCCGAGGAUCGUGAAACUUCAUAGGUACAUUGAUCAUGACUCGCAGAUGACCCCUAUUGAUUUUGAGGUCACUAGGUCAAAGGUCAAGGUCACGGUGACCGGAAAUAGUGGGAUGAUAACUCAACAACGCUAAUGCCUAGGAACAUGAAACUUCAUAGGUACAUUGAUCAUGACUCGCAGAUGACCCCUAUUGAUUUUCAGGUCACUAGGUCAAAGGUCAAGGUCACGGUGACCCAAAAUAGUAAAAUGGUUUCUGGAUGAUAACUCAAGAACACUUAUGACUAGGAUCAUGAAACUUCAUAGGUACAUUGAUCAUGACUCGCAGAUGACCCCUAUUGAUUUUCAGGUCAAAAGUCAAGGUAACGGUGACUCAACUUAGAAAAAUGGUUUCCGGAUGAUAACUCAAGAACGCUUACGCCUAGGAUCAUGAAACUUCAUAGGUACAUUGAUCAUGACUCGCAGAUGACCCCUAUUGACUUUCAGGUCACUAGGUCAAAGGUCACGGUUACUUGACACAGUUAAAUGGUUUCCGGAUGAUAACUCAAGAAAGCUUACGCCUAGGAUCAUGAAGCUUCAUAGGUACAUUGAUCAUGACUCGCAGAUGACCCCUAUUGAUUUUCAGGUCACUAGGUCAAAGGUCAAGGUCACAGUGCCAAAAAACGUAUUCACACAAUGGCUGCCACUACAACUGACAGCCCAUAUGGGGGGCAUGCAUGUUUUACAAACAGCCCUUGUUAAUUUGGGUAAAGAAAGAACAAAUACAUGAAACAUAUUUUGAAACCACUGCUCAUUCUUCACAACAUUGUUUAUAGAGUAGUUUAUCUUGUUGGGAUGUUUGCUUUGUUAAAGUGCACAUAAUGUAUGCUAUUGCUCAGAUGUUUGAAGCUUGUGCAUUUCUGUUACUUAAGGUAUUCUCUCACAGUUUGUGUACCAGUAACGUUAAUACAGUGUUCACUAUUUCUUAUAUAAUUAAGAAUUUGUUAAAUUUUAAAAUAUGCUUAGAUGUCUUGUGGCCUUUAAGCAAUUGCAAAUUUUAUCCUUCGGUUUCCCAAAGUGGAAGAGAUUCUAAAUGCCACUUCGUUUUUCCAUUCUGUAUCAGACAUUAGAAGGCAUGGGUUGCCAUGUUUGUAAUGUGUGAAACUCUUUAAAAGGGUUUAACAUUCAUCAAGUUCGAGUGGAGGUACAUUUGACACAUCUAGAUCACAAAACACAAAAUCAAAGAUUUAACAACUACAGGUAAAAACAUUUAAUGAAAAAAACAACUAAUUUGAUAUAAUCUAAUUUGAGUUAAUUUGAGUCAAAACUUCAGUUCGGCUGAAGUUUGCUUUAAAAAAAAAUAAAUAUAAGUUGAAUUUGAACACAAUUUUCUUAAAAAACUUAUAAUUGUUUCCUCUUAUUUAAAAUAAAUUCAUAUAUUCACAUUAGGGACAAAGUGCUGUCUAAAAACAAUUGUUGAAGUUAGCAAAACUAAUGUUCUGUUUCUUGAAAAAAAUGUGGUAAAAAUGUGCAUAUCAUACACAUGUUAAUCUGAGAUGUAGUUUUCAUGUUUAAGAUUGCUUUCAGUUUUAUGUUGUAUUUAAAUUUAAAAUAAGUUGAUAUUUGUCAUGUUUCGUGUGACAUUUGUUGUAUUAUUUAAAACAGACAUGCGCUGAAUUCCUGAUUGGUUCACUCUGUGUAUCUAAUGAAAAACAUAUUGUUAUUAAUAAAAUUGCAAACCCAAGUCACCAGGGUUAACUCAAUAUGUCACAUUUAUAGUUAAUCUGUAUUUUAUUGUUUUUUCAUUAUGUUGCUGUUGUCAUAUGAUAAUCAAGUUUCAACAAAUAUUACAUAGUUGCGUAUGUAAUGAGGAGUGCAUUAUUGCUGAUAACUGUCAGUGUUGUUAUUUAUAUGUUAAUUGUUUGCUUCGUACAUGUAUCAUUGUCGUGUAUAUUUUGCUGCAAAUAAAUAUUUGAUUUUCCAAA